ACCACAUAAGAAACAACAUUAGACAGUCAACACAUGUUUAAUUAGACAAGCUGUGUGUUAAUUGAGGCGGUAUUUAGCUCAACGCCGUUUGUUAGACUGGUUUUAUUUAUAUAGAGCCGAGCCGCAGCUUAACAAGGUUUAUUCUACUGUUUACCGUGGACAACGUUCGUUAGCUAAACUGAGCUAAACAGCUGACCGUCUGGGAGAAAAACAAAAAUAACCGGCUCUGUUUCUAAAUGGAUCCAGCGGAGAACCUUUCUCCCCGGGUCCUGCUGACCCAAAUUCUCAGCACCGAGACACCAAGGACCCCCUUCACCCACAGUGCCUCUCAACAACUGAGUGCCAGCACGACCAGGAGGAGCAGCAGUCGACUGAGAAACAAAGAUGCUGUUCCCCAAACCCCAAAGGCCAUCCUAAAACACAGCCAGAUACACAAACUACGGGAGAGUAUAUCCAGGAAAUCCCAGAAUGCCACGAGAAGGGUCGCUCGCUCAGUCUCAUUCAGAUUGAGUAACAAGCCUGCAGUAAACUCAAUGCUGUUGGAGGAUGGAGAGACACCGAGGCACAUACUCAAGAACAUCCUGCAGACAGAGCCUGCGAGUACGCCUGUGGUUCAUGGGAGGGCCGCGUCAGAUGGGCGACAGUCAUCUUCAGCCGACUCGAGUAAGGGUCGCAGUAUUGAGCUGUCAGGGUUGGAUUUGCCUGAUUUAACUAUUGGUGCAGCGAGUACCCAAAAAAGACUGAACAGGAAGAGACAUCUGAGCUUUGAUGUAUCGGCUUUUGAAAAACGUCUUGAUGCCGGGCCAGAUCUGAAUGAAAAUAAAGAAACAGAACAAUCAUCUCUUACUUUGUCAAGUCCCACUCUAAAAACCCCCUUUGUGGAAGUUCAGACUGAGAGAAGAGGCCUGCGGAGAAGAGCUUUACUACGCCGUAGAAUCUCAGUGGCAGGAUUUGACGCUGCUGUAGAUAGACGGUCAAUGGAAGGAGAGACGAGCCGGUGGAGUCUCAGUAAGACCACCUCCUCUGAGGGCUUCACUCUUGGCCUCAGCAAACUCUGUGACACUGACAUCACGUCCGACAUCAUCCACUGUGACAAGGCGCUCUGCGCCCAGCCCGGCGCCAUGACCGACAAUUUAUCAAUAGCCGCAUCUCGGGACAACCCGACGGUGAGGGUGGAGGAGGAGGAGGAGGAGGAUCAGAUGGAGGAGGAGGAGGAGGAGGAUCAGAUGGAGGUGGAGCAGGAUCAGAUGGAGGAGGUCGAGGAGGAUCAGAUGGAGGUGGAGCUGGGGAAAGAGAAGUCAGUGAAUGCAUUCCCAACUGAGGGGGGGGCGGAACCUCAAAAUGGAAGUUUGACUGCAUCUAUAUCUCAAAGGGAGGAAGAGAAGAACACGGGUGAUGAUCAAAUGAAAGAUAAUGCAACUGUGGCCGAGGAAGAGGCAGGUGGAGCUGAAUCCCUGGAUACCGUUAGGGAGGAAGAGGAGAACAAUGUAGAAGCUCCAACAGAGGAGGAAGGUGAAGCUGAUUCUCAAAAUGCUGCAGUCCGGUCUCUGUCUGAGGAAGAGGAGGCUGCAGCAGACACUCAAACUGAAGAGGAAGAAGUUGUACCAGACACUCAAACUGAAGAGGAGGCUGCAGCAGAGUCUCAAACUGAAGAAGAACAAGAUGGAGUUGAUUGGCAGGCUGAAGAGGAUGUUGUACCAGACACUCAAACUGCAGAGGAAGAAGUUGCACCAGACACUCAAACUGAAGAGGAGGCUGCAGCAGAGUCUCAAACUGAAGAAGAACAAGAUGGAGUUGAUUGGCAGGCUGAAGAGGAUGUUGUACCAGACACUCAAACUGCAGAGGAAGAAGUUGAAGGUGACUCUCAAACUGAAGAACAAGAUGGAGUUGAUUCCGAGCCUGAAGAGGUUGCAGAGGCCGCGUCUCAGUCUGAGGAAGAGGAGGCUGCACCAGACUCUCAAGAAGCUGCAGUUGAUAUUGAAUCUGAAGAGGAUGCAGCAAAGUCUCUGUCUGAGGAAGAGGAGGAGACUGCAGAUGAUCAAAGUGAACAAGAGGUUCCUGCAGAGGAAGAGGAAGAGGAAGAGGAGGACGAUUUGGCUGAUUCUCAACCUGAAGACAAGCAUGAUGGGAAGCCGUCGGAGGAAGAUGCCGAGCAGCCGUCGGAAGAGGAAGAGCAAAACCUGGAGCACACCAGCAGAAGGGCUCCUCGCUCUGAGGGUCCCCUCGUCGUGCCCGUCACUGAGGCAGCGGGAGACUUGGACGACGCCACAGAGGAAGGAUGGUCUGACGGUAAGUCUAAAAUACCAAGCAGCCUGCACAUGGGAAGCCCUGAAACACACGCUUCCUACAUGGACGGCGACCUUGGCACUGAUAAAGAAACCUCCUUUCAUCUUAUGGAGCUGGCGAAUGAUACCAAAGACAGGCCCCUGAAUGACAAAUCACCUGAAGAAGCUGCUGAGGAGGAGGAGGAAGAGGAGGAGGAGGAGGAGGAGGAGGACGAGGACGAGGACGAGGAGGAGGACAGUGAUGCGAUCCCAAGCAAGACCCCAGCUUUUGUCAGACAGAAAAUGAGCUUUUUUCAGCCCAAACCUCAGAAUAUUCAAGCAAGCAGUAGGACAGGGGAAGCUAUUCCUGUUCCUAAACCAAAGCCAGUGAGAAAGAAGAGGAAAGGGCCGGCUAAAAAGCAGACUGACCUUCCUAAGAGCUACCUGAUGGAGGUGUUCAAACACUUCGCCAAAACCAAAGUCUCUCCAGAUGUGUACCCUGUCCUAAACGAUAUAAUGGAUAAAUACUUCGACCGACUGGCGGAGGACUUGGAGACAUAUGCCUUUCAUGCAAAGAGAAAAACCAUAGAGGUUGACGAUGCUGAACUUCUGUUGAGAAGGCAGGGACAUGUGACUGACACGGUCCCAGUGGAAGUGCUGAUUGAAAAAUAUCUUCGUAUGGAACAGCGCAAACUCCUCAUCCCCAUAGCAACCAGCGGAAAUGUUGUUAUUCCUAAAAAGCGGUGAUGAAUGUGUUCUAUACUUCUAGAUUUUAUUUUGUACUUUUACAUUUUACUUCACUGCCUUUGAUUUGGACAAUUGAGGUCUCCGUGAAAUGUUAAUCAGAGUAUUAAAAUGUCUGUAAAUGUGUAAAUAUGUCUUGACAAGAAUUUUUGUUAUGUAUACUUUUUUCUUUGGAAGCAUUGGCUUGUUGAAAAAAGUUCAUUUUCUGUCUUUGUUGACCCUUGUGAAUAAAUAAAUUCAGUGAAUCACA